CCAUCUCUUUUUCUUUCCUGCUUGAACCUAGAAGUGUAGAACAAAACGACUUGCACUGUAGCAGCCGCAACAUAACAAAGAGGGUAAAAGAGGAAGAUGAAGAAAAAUAAAUAUGCCCCAAUCGAUUGUCUUCAACUUAGAAGCUAGGAAUAAUUUUUGUUACUCUCUCUCAUUGCUCUCAAAUCCCAAUCUUAGAAGGAUUAUUGCAUUCUAUCAAUUGUCCUAACAUCUGGAUCACGCCGCCGUCGUGAUUGGGUCACCGGUGAAGAAGAUUGUGUGAGGCAAUGACCAACAAAAAGCGAAAGAGAAACAACAACAACAACAACAACAAAAAUGAUGUAUCAAAAAAGAAUCAACAAGAAAUUUUAUCAGCUUCUUCUACUCCUAAGCGAACAAAGUCAAAUCAACCCUCCAAUUUUCUCCAAAAGAUGCGAGCGAGGUUAUCUGGUGGCCACUUUAGGAUGAUUAACGAAAAGCUCUACACUUGCACUGGGAAGGAGGCACUUAAUUAUUUCCGUGAAGAUUCAUCUUUAUUUAACUUGUAUCAUGCAGGGUACAAAACACAAAUGUCUAAUUGGCCAGAACAGCCAGUUAAUGUAAUUAUUAAGUGGCUGAAAAAACAGAACCCUUCUUUUGUUGUUGCUGAUUUUGGUUGUGGGGAAGCACUCAUUUCCAAAAGCGUGAAGAAUACUGUCUUCUCUCUAGACCUUGUCUCCAAUGAUCCAGAUGUAAUUGCUUGUGACAUGGCAAAUACUCCACUAGAUUCCUCAUCUGCUGAUGUUGCUGUGUUCUGUCUUUCACUGAUGGGAACCAACUAUCAAACUUACCUUGAAGAAGCAUACAGGGUGCUUAAGCUAGGUGGCUGGCUCUUGAUAGCAGAAGUAAAGAGCAGGUUUGAUCCAAAUAAUGGAGGCGCAGACCCAGAGAAGUUUUCAAAGGCUAUUUCUGAGCUAGGAUUUAACUCUGUGAAAAGGGACUUCUCAAAUAAAAUGUUUAUUUUGUUUUACUUCACGAAAAAGGAAAAGCACGAUUCUAAAAGGAAGAAGGAAAUUGAAUGGCCAUCACUUAAACCUUGUUUAUACAAGCGUCGUUGAGACUGAUUAUUUUAUAUGUUUAUACACUAUCAUUGUGUGGACGAAAGUCAAAUCAUAUUUGUUGUUAGCAUGGCCAGUGAAUCUCAAAAGUUGUUGUAUUAUUUGGUUCUUUACAA